AUGGCCUUUCAAGCUGCGAAGCGUGACCUCCGCAAGAGGAUGCGUUCAACUCUGCAGACCAGCGCGGCAACGACCAAUUUCUUGUCACUGCCCGAGUACCAAAACGCCAAAAGCAUCGCCGUAUACCUGUCUAUGCCAAGCGGGGAACUCUCAACAACUGGAAUCGUUAAGGAUGCUCUACAGCGUGGGAAGAACGUCUAUAUUCCGUAUAUUCACACCCAUGGCAAAACAUCCAUCAUGGACAUGUUCGCGCUCGGAUCCAUGUCCGAGUUUGAGUCACUACAGCUAGACAAAUGGGAAAUCCCAUCUCUCCUAUCUACGCAAAUCGAAGGUCGACCGAACGGGUUGACACAGGGUUUGGAUCUUAUUAUCAUGCCAGGCAUGGCCUUCGACCGUGGGUUCCGACGACUUGGUCAUGGCAAAGGGUAUUAUGAUCAUUUUUUAACGCGAUACUCAACAUCGACCGGCAAAAUGCCAUUCCUCGUUGCCCUUUCUCUCCAGGAUCAGUUGCUUGCCGAAGAUAUACCUGUGGUGGAGCACGAUUGGUUGGUAGAUGCGAUCGUGGUUGGUGAUGGUCAAUUCUUGGACCGCAGGUUGUAG